ACUCUGUCCCAGCACUUCCAGAGCCUGCAGAUCCCUUGAUUUCCUCCCUCCCUGCUCUUCCCCGAGCUGCAAAUCAGCUGCUCGCGGCUGCUGGGCUCUGGGAGGGAGGGGAGAGAUGGGCGGAGGGUGAAUCGGCAGACCUGGGGUGCUCCAGAAGUGCAGGGCUCUGGUGUCCCAGCGCACGAGGUGAGGGGGAAGAGAGCCGCAGGUGGAACCCCAGGGGCCGCAGGCUGAAUGGAAGAGCCCUCUUCCUGGCUCGGAAGUCUUCCCUCUGAGGAGCUGGCGGCCCCAGGUGCUGGAAUACUGUGGCGCAGGCGGGAAGCCGUGUUGCCUGUGGAUCUGACUUUCCCUGUCUUGGCUUGCAGGCUGGGGGAGAAGUGUCAUCUCAGCCAGAGUAGCCCCACCGCAGCUGCUGCGCAGAAUGGCUUCCUAGAGCGAGUGCAGGCAACUUUUUGUUCCUCUGCACCAGCUCUGAGCCCUGCAGAGCUAGAAGAGCAGGUGACGGUCCUGCGCGAUGCCCACUCUCUCCUGAGCCAGUCCCUGGAAGCUGAGAGCACAGGCCACUCGGCGUGGGAGCGGGAGUACGAAUGUCUCCUGACCUUGGAAGGCCUGCAAGAUGCAGCAGCCCAGUGCCUGCACAAGCUGCAGCUGCUGCGCACAGCUGCAGCCGCCCAGAUGGCUCUGCAGCCCGCAGCCUGUGGUUCCGGUGCGGGGCCCUCCCCUGCAGGCUGCACGCUGCUGCGAGGACGGAGGUGUGGGCAGAUGGGCGUCCUAGCAAGGCCUCUCCUUUUCUACUCCACUGGCCGGGAGCUGAGGGACAUGGCUGCCUUGAAACUGCGGGUAGCAAUGCUGCGCCAGAAAAUCAACAUCCAGAAGGUCUCAAGAGCCGAGCUCCUCUCCAUUCUGGAAUCCCGGCGCCCAGGGGAACCGCCCCCCUCCCUUCUGUACCGUGCCGUGUACACCCAGCUCUGUGAAGGAGACGCUCCAAGCGGCGCAGCAUCCAGCCCCUUCCCUGCAGCUCCUCCACAGCCCAACGUUGAUUCUUUGCCCACCCGACGCCCCUUUCAAGGAUCUCCAGGCGCUGUUCCCGCCUCUGCUACCAGGCACUGCGUAUUUCGCGGAUGGAAGAACGGGGCCUGGAGCAAUUCAAGUGUUGCAGCAAGUCCGUGGAUGAGCAGAGAGAGCCCCAAUUGCCUGAGUCCCAGUGACACACUCCAACCGCUAGACCGUACUCCUAUGUGCCCAGGAGCUCUUACUGCUGGGACCCACUCCAGGGCAGAGUGCUCAGCCUGAUGGCUGUUUCCUGGGCGAAGCUCUGCCCCAGGGCAGGGACCCUGGGCUAGGCACAGCUGGCGGAGCACUGUCUAGAUGAAGGUUUCUAACCACCCGGGAGGGAGGUUCUGGAAUGGGCUCAAGGGGAGCAGCGGAGGCAACACAAGGGAAGGAAAAAGUUGUUAAAAAAUGUAACGGCGUAACUGCUGAAAACCAGCGGCCAGCCAUACCGCAGGCUCUGCAGUAGGGCGCCUCAAUAAGCUUUAUGCGGCAGAGCCCGCAGCGGGGCCUCCUGGACCGCCGAUGAUCCUGGCAUUGAGGAGUCUUGCGCUUUCUGGCUCCUGCCUGUGCCUUGAGCAUCAGUGUGAUGCGGUGCGCAGGCGAGGCCUGGAGGGACAGCAGCAGCUGGAGUGGGUGUCCGAAAGGGCAAGCAGGGGUCAGGACUGAGAGCAUCCCCUUAGGAAUGGCUGGCCUGCCGGGGAGGGCAGGCCCUGAGGGGUGAGCUCCUGGGGACAGAUAGGGUGAGGCAAUAGCUGAGCUGUUUCACUAGUGUUAAAAUACAACAGGUUACCCGGAAGCGGAUGGAGUAAACAAGCUUCUGUAUCACAGCUAGACCUUCUGCCUCAGCUCCCCCUCGGGACCGGGCAGCUACGCCCUUUUACCUCAGCAUGUGGAUACUCUUGACCGUUACAUCACCCGCUCAGCCCUCGUCUGGUCAUGUGAACACCCAUCUAAUGCAUAAUCAGAGCCAUGUGAUGGAUAGAAUUCUGCCCACCCCCGUUUACUGUUUCCAGCUUUGUAGUUGUUUUUUUCACAUCACAAUGCUCCUUGAAUUGGCAGCCUACAAGAGGAAAAGGAGCUGUGGCCCUGCGUGUGAAUUGCAGGGUGACCGGGGACGGGGAGGGGGCCAGCAGGACAGCAUGGUUAGCACAGAGAUCAUUCAUAAAAAGUUAUAGCCUGGCUACAGCUGUAGCGUAUCUACCCUGAGCAAGCAGAAAAGGAGGAAUCAAAGUGAGUCUAUACAGUAAUUACUCGUUUAACAUGUGCACAUUUAACACGUUUUCACAAUAGUACGAUUUUUUUAAGGGAACGUUUUCUGAAUAACACGACCAUCCCUCAAAUAACACAAAAAUAAUCAUGUGGCGGACUACUUUGCGCGGCGGUCUAAGUUGGUGAAAACAAUGUUACGCAUGAGCGGAUAAAUACAUGUGUCCCAGCGCUCCUCCACUCACUCGCGUGUUUAUCUUUGUGUUUUAACAAUCCGCGGCGAUUUGUGUUGCUAGUUUUCUUGUGUUGCUAGAUAUCUAAUGUUGACGUUGACAACCCAGCACCAACAAAAAAUUGGACUUUGCCACCACC